AUGGUGAUGAUGAGUAGCACUAGCAUUGAGAAAUCAUUCAGAAUCAAACAUGAAGACAACAACAAGUUCUUAUCAAAACUUCUUUCAAAGGAAAACUCCAAAUCUGUUUCUUCUAUUCCUUCUUUCAGAGUUUACUAUAAUGAUGUUCCAAGUUCUGUUCCUUUCACUUGGGAGUUGCAACCUGGUACACCUAAACAUACAUUUUCUCAAACUUCUUUAUUGCCUCCUCUUACUCCUCCUCCUUCUUACUACUCCAAUAAUAAUAAUACCAACAAAAAACCUACUAAAAAUAACUCAAGAUCCAAGAUUUUUCAUGCUUUGAUCAAGAAGUUUAAUCCCAAAAAAUCUCUAUUACCUCCAUCUCCCUCUUAUUCAUCUUCAUCAACUUUAUCAUGGUCAUCUUCAUCACAAUAUUUAUCAAUUUCUGCACCAACAACUCCUUCUCAUAUCAUGGAACGACGUCGUUUUCGUAGCCAAGGAUCAUUUUGUGAUGACUAUAUUCAUGAAGAAAUAUCGCCAGCAUCAAAAUUGUGUUUUGGUAAAAAAGCCUUGUUUUCCAUCGUUGGUUGCCGUGGAUCUAACUAA